CAGUGUAAAAUUUUUAAUUACUUGGUGAGUAUUCCAGGAAAGUUCUCGAUUUCAAGAUGGGCAAACCUAUUAUUUAUGGAACCGAUUUGAGUCCUGCUGUUCGUUCAGUCCUACUCACAGCUCACGCCAUCGGUUUGGACUACGAAUUCCGCGAAAUCAGUUUGCAAAAAAAUGAGCACAAAACGGAAGAAUAUCUGAAGAAGAACCCACAACAUACCAUCCCCACUCUUGAAGAUGAUGGAAAGUGUAUUUGGGACAGUCAUGCCAUCAUCACAUACCUCGUUGGGAAAUACGCAAAGGAUGAUUCCUUGUAUCCCAAGGAUUUAUAUAAACGCGCAGUAGUAGACCAGAGGCUCCAUUUUGAAAGCAGCGUUUUAAGUCCUCGAAUGAGCCGAAUGUUUACUUUUGGGCCCUCCAACAAGGAUCCACAGGCACUUGAGAGUGCUAAAACCGCCAUACUCGAAGCUUAUGAUUUCCUUGAAAAAUUCAUUGGUAGCAACCAAUACUUCGCUGGAGACUCCCUCACGGUUGCGGAUUUUUCAAUCUUGGCUACCUUUUCAACUGUGAUUAACUUUGUACCUGCCGAACAGGGAAAGUUCCCGAAAAUAAGUAGCUGGUUAGAUCGGUUGACCAAGCUUCCCUACUAUCAGAAAGCAAACGGUGAGGGACUGGAGAAAAUUUCGGCGUUUAUCAAGAAAAUGAGCUCUUAAGGAG